ACCAAACAUAUGGAUUUCAAUCGCAUAUCUACAGGACAUGACACAAAAUCGUGAUGAAGUCAUGGCGGAGCCGCGGGUUUGUACUGGACUCAGAUGAUGAAGAUGACGGAAGUGUAGAGAGUCAAGAGCAGGAAAGACCGCGCCAGUUCGACUUUGGUGUCUUGGUCGAUAGAAAUGGACAGACGAGUCCUUCGAGCGUCCGAAGGGAGUUGCUAUGUGCGAGUAACAAUAGUCAGACAUCGCGGCCAGAGUUGAGUGGUGUAGGAGAUGGCGAUGAAAAGCACGGGAUUAACAACUCAGAGGAUGGAUUCCAACCAAUCGAACACGUCGAAAACCUUUUUUCACUUGACAAGACCGGCGAUGUCUCAAAUAGCCAGCGAACGUACAUCAGGGAGGAUGAUUCUGAAUCUUCUCCUCUCAGUUCUGUGUUGCCCGACGCCGAGGACAUCAUUUGUGGCGGACGAAUUCAAGACUUCACACUUCACACUCAUGAAGGAUCUGGCGGCUCGCCCAGCUCAUUACCACACUCGCCUAGUUUCAACAACUCUGAUAUUCUCUCGGGGAUACAAGAGGGCGACUCAACAAGAUCUGACUCAUGCCGCAGUCAAUGGGCUGGACCGCAGAGGAAUUUUCGUCGAAGGACUGCGAUCCAGAUGCAUCCUUACUUGAUCUUGGAUGGGCAAUAUGUAAAGGACAUGCAAGAAAGAGGCAUUCGACCUACGAGAGUCAGACAACCGUCACUCGCACGGCAAGCGUAUCAGCAAGUUGAUGCCAGUCAAAGCGACAGCGAGGAAGACUCGCAGUCUACUUUUCGAAGCUCUCCACCGCCAUGUCUACCUCAGACCCGUCUUCGAUCCAGCGAAAUUCGCCCUGGUCCUACGCAACAACGCCGACGACAAGCUGAAGUGCAUAAAACAACGUCUAAUUCUCAAAGGCGUCGACAUAGCCCGUUGCCUGCGCUUGACGAGAUUCUCAAACAAAAGAGUCAACCACCAGCUACGUAUAAUGGCCGGAAGAGACGAAAACUGCAGAGUGAAACAAGUGAUAUGAAGGGUCAAGAUGCGAGUGCCCAAACUCGCGCAUCAUCGGUAGAAAAUCGGCAUACAAUGUUUGUGCAUUCUCCAGAUGUUGAAACCCCUCUAUCCACAAGGUCUCUUUCUGAAGCGUCACAAGAACUAUUAUACGCUGUAGGACGUGGCGGUUUUCGCCUUCCAGUAGGCUUCUCUGAGCUGAAGCCACCCACGCCAAUAGCUUCACCCAGCCAAGCGGUGGUGCGACGUGGGAGUCGUGAUGAUGCCAGUAUAGAGACUAGCCCAGCUCCUCAUAUCUCGGCUGCAACACAUAUAGGUAAUAUGUCAGGAGCAAAAUCAGACUCUGAAGAGGAACAAAGCUGCAGCGACGUAUCAUCUAGGAGUUCCGACAUGCCAUCUGAAACGGAAAUGGAGAAUGGAGAGCUUAAAGUAAUACGACAGCGAAUCAAAGGUGUUCUUCCGGCAUCCUGGCUGAAGCUGGAUGUGAAGGCACAAGAGAAAAUGCCUACUCGCAGACCAGGGAAGCGUCGCCAGCAAGACUUUCGCUCUUCAGCUCAGCAACCAGGCUUGGCACGAAGAAGACUCAAGCCAUCAAACUUCAGUCGCUCAGCAAGAGAUACGCUGGAGGUAUCUGCAGACGAUGAGUUGGAAGACGAAAUAAUUACGCCCAGACCGAGACAGCUUGAGGAACGUUAUCAGAAGUCUACGACCACACCCCAUCCUGAGUUAUCGUCUUUUUUUCCGAAUGAUGACCCAAGCGAUGACAUGGAGGAGAAUACCAUCGACUUUAUGUUGGUCUCAGAACCUCACAGGAAGAGGAAGAAGCUGGGAACUAUCCGAAGUCGCCAAAUUAGCCUUCUAGAUGCUUUUGAUCAAGCUUCAAAGCGCAGCGGCAUGCAGUCAGCAAGCAGAAAAGUAAUUAAAAAGCGAACCAAAUCAACUACACGUUUCAAGCCGCCGAAACUCAGCGUUCUCGACGUGAUACCAUCCAGUACGGAGACGGCAGCAAACAUCCCUACGUUUCUAAAAAUCGCUCGCCGUCAAGCCAAGAAGUAUCCUGAUCAGGCCAGAGAGAGGCCUGUCAAGAAGCUCAUCCGGCUUCAAACUCGAGAGGAUACAUGCGAUGCACAAUCAGUUCUUUCAGAUUGGCUGUCUGGUAGGCUCAAGCAAAGAACGCAUUCUCUAUCAACGUCUUUACGUAAACGACCGCCUCUUACUGAACGAGAUCCGAACUCUAUCAAAAGUUUAUCGCUAACAGAAGCGAGUCCUUUCAUUCCAAUUUCGAGGACCGUUCGAAAAUCUGAAGUCCUGAGUGAAUCGAUGGAUGGACUCCCUACACAGAAGGAAACGGGUCAAAAAAAAAACAAGCGUCAAAUUCAAAUUUCGAAGCGUCCCGUCAGACAAAAGCCUCCACAUAUCCAUACUGGCCAACUAGAAGCUGAGGAACAUACUAUGACUCUUGUACAGGAUCGGUUACGAUUUCAGCGCAAUGUCUACCAAAAAGAUCGGGCCUACAGUUCUGCCGAAAAGCCAGCUCUUCAACUACUCCCCCGAACGUUGGCCGAGUUGGAAUCAAAGCUUGCAAGACGAGCCCAGGACAGUGCUGAGCCAUUGGCAGAUAGUGGCCUUACUGCUCGUUCUUCCUCUCAACCGCGUCCUGUCCGACAUAGGAGAUUACGCAAAAUGAAUCCAAAUCGACUCGAUAUUGAUACUGCUGCAUAUCGACAGCCAGAUGAAUAUGUCCUCCCUGUCCCCCGCCGGUCGCCCAGCCAUCAGAUAGCGAAAUGCGGCAGAGAAGUAUUGCACGAUCUGAAUCCUUGGGGUAUGCCAUAUGGACGCAAUUUCGAUGUUCUUCCUCUUCCUUCUGGCACUUACUUCCACGCCUCCACCUUCAUUGGCAGCGGUAAUUUCAAGAAGGCACUGAGCUGUCGCCUACAUAAUUCGAAUGAUCGCUUCGAGUCUCAUAAAGUUAUUCUCGCUGGUAAACACUUCUAUUGGGGCUCCUGGAAUGAAGAGCUUUCCAGGAACGUGCGCACGAUUUUCGAAGAGACUAAAGCUUCUUUAACUACUGAGCUGCAGUCUGUUUCUCAACACACUCCGCAGGACCUGAGUUUGACCGGGUUUGAUGCCUCUAUUCGAAGUAUUGAGGGUUUACUCAUUGCAAAUAGCGAAUGGCUCUCAUUUACUGACCCUGUCGAUCGUUCCGCCUGCGGAUAUGCUUACUUAAACGAGCUCGAAGAGUUGCAGAUGCUCAUGGAGGAGCACUUUAUCUCGAAAAAUAACAGCUAUUCUCGGGCUCUGCUUCGAUUUAUUGUACGCCUCUGUAUAGUCACUGCCCAAAUACUGAUAAUUGUGAGGGAUGCCGAGAUUUCUUCAGAAGAGAAACGCCGCUUCCUCAACUUAUUGCAGCGUCAAGGAGGAACCAUCAUUUCUUAUCUCCAAGAACGUGGUCUGGAGGAAAUCCGAGCUUUCUAUGAGAAAAAUCAACGACAUUUCUACAGAGAAUCGGGCAUCAGAGACGAGGAAGCUUCGAUCGAGGCACUGGUCGUUCUCGUCCAUACAUUUGAAGCUAUCGAUAUUCCUGAAUUGGCCUUUUGGAAAGUUUUCAACACGAAGGUGCUUGAAUCUGUAGAUUUGACAGUUUACACCGGGUCUCUGGAAGUGGGAUGGCUUAGCAUAUUUAUGCUCUUGCCAACGUUCGAGAUCGACAUAGACGGCAUACAUAGACCCGGACGCCGCUUCCAGAUUGCGUACGACAAUUGGGAUGGCGUGAAAAAGUUGCUGUCAAGAACUCUCGCAUUGUACCAUGCUUCGACAUCGUUACCAGGAACUACGAUUAAUGAUUACGUACGGGUCUUAUUUCUGCGCUGUCAUGAUUUAAUUCAAGCUUGGGCUUGGAGGAGAUGUGAAAGCAUUCUUGGGGUCAUCUUCGACUUCUUUGCGAAGCGCGAAUACAUGUCGCUUGUGAGAGAAGACCGGCUUGGCUCAGCUCCAUUCCUGGAGCAACUUGCAAGGGCACCUUUGUUGAAUGCUAACGAGGACGAAAAGUCUUUCCACAUUUUCCUUAAGAUUACGGCUGUAGGACUGCAAAACAUGCGUAGAGUGUAUGUCGACACCAAGUUACGUAGCAUAUUGUGGCGAUGGAUUCCAAAUCACAAUCGAACACUUGACAAAGACAAAGAACUGCGGACAGAGGAUCUCGACGCACUUCGAAACCAACACGACCUUCUGGCCACUUUGUACUGGGCCUCUCCAGUUGGAUAUCGUCCACGCAUUGACCUCAUUCAGAACUUGGUGGACCAUUCUACGUCACAUUUAGAAGCUUGUCGCAUCAACAUCAAGAGUUGGUCGAAUCUUGCAAGUUUUCAACUCUCCACGGACGAGCCUGUACAGAAUGUCGGUCCUUUUUCAAAGUGGCUUAGAGAUGUGCUUGAGCAAAAUGUCUUGACUUAUCGCCAUGCUAGGUCCGAACUUGAGGCUCAAUACGAGACGGAGAGAAUAAGGGGCAACAAAAUCAUGUCUGCUGAAAGUCUGGACAUGAUGAUCUCGCGCAAUCAAAAUGGCAUUAUUUCGGCCUUGACUGAAGCAAUAGCUGGAAUGAGAGUGGCUUUGAAAUCUGCUGUGAACGUGCCUGCAGCAUGGUCGUUACUCCGCGAUUCGAAUAUACCAAUCGUGCUCGGCAUGUUCGAUGCCAAGAGUAAAAAAAUAAACAAGUUCUUCCUAGAGUUGCUGGCCAUGUUCGAAGCAUUCAUGGAUCUUACAGACCGUCAGAAUCUUGCAUCAACGAGCCAAACCACAGAUCAGGAAAGUCAAGACUACGGCGAAUGGCCAGAAGAAGAUGAUGUUCCCCUUGGUAAAAGUCCAGCAGAGCAGAUUCUUGAUUAUCUGCUUGAACAAGCAAGCACACUGCUUUCCAAUAUCUUUGGAUCUGAAGUAGUGCCUGAUGAGGAACUCUUGACCAAGAUGGUAGAGCAAUGGGCCCGACUUGGGAUUAUUAUGGUACGAAGAAAACGCGCGACGCUUGAAACUUUCCUUGGCGAUUAUGGGAGACAUUCGUGGUCGCAGCUACGGGAUACAUGCCAACGUCGCAAAUAUUCACCUUACUUUCUAUCCUGUCUACUGAAACACGAUCCAUCUGCAAUUAGGCAGCAUCAUGAGCGAUUUUUAACAACCUGGAUGUGCUCUUUGGUUGAUCGAGAGGUUCAACUCAAGUUUCAGCACUUACUCACAGCCGAUCUCCUCAACGUCUUUUCUGACAGUCCUCUGCUCAAAAACUUACCAUUUACCCGAGUUUCAACUAGCGACGCGUAUGCAAUCUCUUCGGUAGAGCUACGUGAACGGCGACUGGCUCUACUAUCUAGCGUGUUAUCGAAUAUGCGUGAUGAGUACCAGCGGAAAUUGCAGUCAGAACCCGGAUCAAUACGAGGACUGCGUGCUGAGUACUCGUCUCUGCUCAGUCAGGUCAUGCUUCAGAUGAGAAGAAAUUACGAGGAUCUAAGGCAAGGCGAAUCGAUCAUUGGAUCAUACGUAACAUUUGUACAGACCAUGAUUGAGUUCAUGCAGCAGUACACAGGUGAUAUUUGCCCAGUGGACAAGUACUUCACCGACUCUGCAGCCUUCCCCUUACCAUCGAAGGACCCAACCUAUCUUGUUGGCAGGCUAAAAAGCUAUGAACAGAAGCUUAAUGACACAAAGGGAAUCAAACAAUUAAUCAUGUUUGUUCAGAAUGUGUCGGAACGGGCUGCCAUCGACAACCAGCAAGAGUACCUAACAAGACAACUUUUGACGGCUAUGGACGAUUUCCUCGAAUCUGAACACAGCCAGACAUAUCUCAGUUCAAUAAUGCUCCGGAUCAUCUUCCCAGUUUACAUUGAAGGUUCUCUGAGUGACUCUUCAAUGUGGAUUUUAGCAAGGCCGUUUCUUAACGCGUGCAAGUCCUUGCUCAAAGACGCUAUCUUUAAAUUUAGUGCUCUCAACACAAGUAGCGCUCAAGCUGCAACGAGUACCAUUAUUAGCAUCACAUCAUCUAUGACAAAGGCUGCUUCUGCUCUCGAAUUUUCUGCGGAAAACUCUUGGAAACCAUAUAUACUGGCAACACUUAGCCUCAUGUUUGAAGUUGCAACUGUAUGCAUUCCCUCCUUGGACUAUAUUCAGAGACGAAGAGGGCGAGUUGCAGCUGGAAUAAUGGCACUUAACUACUUCAAAGAUUUCUCUCUAUAUGCAGCCAAAAGCGUUCUUGGGAUGGGUGACGCGUUCCCUCCUAUCUAUGACGGCAAUCAUCCCAGCGCUGAUUCCAGAACGGUGGAACUGAAGGCUUUUUGUGCGCAGAAAUUGCAAGAAGAUUUGAGGAGCAAAUGGAGACAUAGUCAUGGGCGACACGAAGUGAGAAGAGGAACCACGUGGACGGAGUUACAAAUCAAUGUGGAGAGUCUUGAUGAGGAGAAAGCCAUCCUUGUUCACAGGAUCGAGCAGUUCCAUGAGGCCCUUGAUAGAGCCAAGAGUUUAUAGACACAUAUGACACUUAAUGAAUGUAUG